AUGAAUAAUAAUAAUAAUCAUAAUAAAGAAUGGUUAUGGACGGCACCAGAACAUUUACGAGAAGAAACAAAUAUUUAUAUUGGCAGUCCGAAAGGUGAUGUUUAUUCAUUUUCAAUUGUAAUGCAAGAAAUUAUUACACGUGAUGAACCUUAUGGAAUGCUUGGAUUAACUGCAUCAGAAAUAUUAAGUAAAGUUCGAAAACCACCACCAUUGUGUCGACCUAAA